UGUGUUUGUAAUAUGUUGUCAUUAUAUACACCAAGCUAGCUUCAGAGUCUUACCCUUUAGUCUAGGUAGAGAAUAGAUAGAUCACAAAAAUGAAUGGUUAUUCAAAGAUUAGUAGCACUCCUACUACUACAAGCCAGAAAUCAAGAUCUAUAGAUUUUUCAGAUAUUUUCUCAUUUUCUCAAACACCAAAACCCAUCAGGAACACUACUGUUGUCCCUCCAACCACUGUUGAAGCAGUUAAUGAUAACGAGGUCAUCAAGAAGAGGGAAGUAGAUGAGGGAGAGAGAUUUGGAGUGAUACUAGGUAGGAGCUCUUCAGUUUCUUCUUCAUCUUGUUCAGCAUCUGGGUUUCAGGCAACAAUGGAGAGAGCAUUUUCAAUAAGAUCUUCAUCGUCAGUUUCAGAGAGGUAUUGUAGGAUCCAUGAUCAGAACAUGGUAACAACAUCAUCAGAUGAUGAUGCAACGAAGAAGAAAAAACAGAGAGGAGGCAAGAUCCUUAAAGUCUGUAAGCGUUUCUUUGGAUUCUAGUUAAUAAUGAGAUUUGAAGGUUAAUUAAUUAACUAACUCUUUCAUUCCUUAUAAUUACUAUCCGUCUUAAUAAUUAGUUACAAAAAGCAAAAGUAGAUUUUGUAUUGAGCUGCUUUAAUUGAUUGUAAAGCAUAGAGAGGUUCAAGUGGAUACAGGAUCUAGUAAUAAAUUUCCUUGUACGACGGAAAGAACAACAGUAGCAUCCAAAAAUCUGCGUUAAUGUUUCUGCGUAUGGAUUGGAGUUCCAAUUGCAUUCAACCUAGGAUGGCAAUUCUGCGGAUUUGAAGAGAGUAUUAUACUAUCCUGUUGUCGUAUCCAAUGUAUUCAAUAUAUUUCUUAGUCACCAAUGCAAAAAUAUUUAAAUGAUUAUACGUUUUAGAGAUGUA